GCGCAGCCAGUCUCCCGCCGCCGCCGCUGCCGGACGCGCAGAGCGUGGGGUGGCAGGGCCCGCGGCGGCCGGCCGAGUGAGCGCAGGGUCGCGGUGCGGGGGCCCGUGCCCCGCCACGACGCGGCUCGUGUUUGCUGCCCUUUCUGAGCGCCCGGAUCGCAGGUACAGGCCCAAGGUCGUCUGCGGCCCCCACUGCGUCCCCGCGCCAUGGCCGGGCUCCUGAAGAGGAAGUUUGACCAGCUGGACGAGGAUUCCUCUUCACUGUGCUCGUCGUCCUCCUCACUGUGCUCCUCUGGUGGACACUCUCGCUCCUGCUCCCCGACCUCCUCCGUCCCCCUGGCCUGGGACUCGGACCAGGAGAGCCCCUGGGAUCAAGUGCCCCUGCCUGUCCGUGACUUCUGCAGCUCCCCAAGUUUUACCCCUCCGUCCAUCCUGAGGCGGGCUUCUCGCAAGCGCCCCGGCCGAGUCGCCUUCGACGGCAUCACCGUCUUCUACUUCGCCCGCUGCCAGGGCUUCACCAGUGUGCCCAGCCGCGGGGGCUGCACCCUGGGUAUGGCCCCUCGCCACAGUGCCUGCCGCCACUUCUCCAUGGCCGAGUUCACGCAGGAGCAAGCCCAGGCCCGGCAGGAGAAGCUCCGCCUCCGCUUGAAGGAGGAGAAGCUGGAGGUGCUGAGGUGGCAGCAGCCCGACGCCGGGACGCCUCUGACGGUGGAGGCCAUUGACGACGCCUCCGUGGAGGAGGACUUGGCCGUGGCCAUGGCCGGUGGCCGGCUGGAGGAGAUGACCUGCCUGAAGCCCUACCCGGCCCGGAAGCGGCGGGCCCUGCUGCGGGCCGCCGGGGUGCGGUGGAUCGACCGGGAGGAGAAGCACGAGCUGCAGGCGCUGCGCCAGUCCCGGGAGGACUGCGGCUGCCGCUGCGACCGGGUCUGUGACCCCCAGACCUGCAGCUGCAGCCUGGCCGGCAUCAAGUGCCAGAUGGACCACACGGCCUUCCCCUGCGGCUGCUGCAAGGAGGGCUGCGAGAACCCCGAGGGCCGGGUGGAGUUCAACCAGGCGCGGGUGCAGACCCACUUCAUCCACACCCUCACCCGCCUGCAGCUGGAGCAGGGGGCCGAGGGCGCCCAGGAGCAGGACGCCCCCGCCCAGGGCGCCCCGGCCAGCCCCGGGGAGCAGGCGCUGGCUCCCCCCACGUUCUCGCUGGCCAAGCCGCCGGGGGGCGGCGAGCUGGGCGACAGCAGCUGCAGCAGUGACAUGACGGCCUCGUCCGCAGCGUCCGGCUCGAGCGAGGCCCUCGGCGGCCCCGGGCACCCGGCCCUGCCCGGCCCUGGCCUCCAGCCCGGCAUGGAUGAUGACAGCCUGGCGCGCAUCCUGAGCUUCAGUGACUCGGACCUGGGUGGGGAGGAGGAUGACGAGGAGGACGACGGGGGAGUGGGGAACCUCGACAACCUCAGCUGCUUCCACCCCGCCGAUUUCUUCGGCACUGGCGACCCCGGGGGCCUGGCCAGCUGGACCCACAGCUACUCGGGCCUUCCCGCGGGCCUCCUGGACGAAAACGCCAACCUCGAUGCCAGCAGUUUCCUCAACAGUGGCCUGGCGUGCUCGGGAGGAGGCGGCCUCCCCGGCCCCUUGGGGCCGCCGGGCACGGACGCCGGCCACAGUAGCUCCGUGGACCUCAGCUUGUCCUCCUGCGACUCCUUGGAGCUGCUGCAGGCCCUGCCGGACUACAGCCUGGGCCCCCACCCCACCGCGCGGAAGGUGACCGACAGCCCUGACCACCUGGAGGCCCACCUCUUCCCCUUGCCCGCCUUCUCCCCGCCCAGCGACACCAGCACCUGCUUCCUGGAGUCCAUCCUGGGCCUGUCGGAGCCGCCGGCCGACACCCUGGCCCCCCUCACGGACAGCCCGCUGCUGGAGGACCCCACCCUUGCACCACUGGUGGAGCCCGUGCCCGUGUGAGAUCAGGGCCCUGUUGCUGUUUUGUUACUUGGGGGGGGGGGGGGCGGUUAUCCCCUCUCUGAAGCCCUUGUGUAAAAUUGGCUUCCCUCUCCUGGCUGAUACGUUUUCAUGCAACACUCGGGAUUGAUAGGAUUUUUUUUUUUUUGUAACUGUACUGCCAGAGGGCGGGGGACUUCCCCUGGUAGCCCCUUACUCCCUCCAUCCCCCCAGCCCGAUCUCUUCCACGCCUAUGGCACCUGCUCCCCUUGCUUCCCUGUGCCCUCCCCCGCCUCCCCCAGCCCCAGACCCCUGGGCGGUGGAAUCCUCUGGACUGUGAAGACUAUAAUUUAUUUCCAUAAUUUAUUUGGAGACUAGGCAGAUUAGCCUCCUCCCCUCCAGCUGGUGGGUAGUGUUGGGGUCAGGGUGGGGCAGAGGUCUCAGAGGCACCUCUCCCUGCAGCCCCUGUGGCUCCUGGCGGGGGGCUUCGGGGAUAUCCGUCAUAGGACGGCUGAGCAGGGCUGAGCCGGCAGGUGGGGCCCCAUGGUGGCAGGGCAGGGACUGGGCCAUCGGGGCCCCUCCUAUGGAGGGCUGCAGGCCCCCCAACCCUGCCCUGUCUGCUCCUGCGGCUCUGGAGCACUGAGCCCCGCCAGGACCCCACCCGGGUCCUUCCUUUGCUGAGACAGGCGUUCUGUGCCCCGACUCCAACCCCGCCCGCUCCCCGGUGCUGGAUGGCUAAUUUAUUUGUGUUUCUGUGUCUGUGCCAAGAAGCCCAGCUCCGGGUCUGCCCCGCCCAGGAGGCUGACCAGGGCCCGGCUGCCUGUGGGCCCACCUGUACCCGAGCUUCCAGGUACCAAUAAAGAGGCUCUUGUGAA